UUUUUUCAGUCGCCUCUUUUUCUCUUUUUAUUCCCUACUCCACCCUCCGUUCCAAGUCCAUUUCUCACUCGUGCACAGCACUCUAGUAGAGUGAGAGUGUAGUAGAAGUUCACUACACUAUACUGGAAAAUGUCGUACGUAAUGUUCGCGGCUCUUACACCAAAAAGCAAAUACACACGCCGGGCGUGCUGGAACAUCAUAACAUUUCUCGCUGAAGCCGGAAGCGAUCGAAGUAGUGUACGGGGUAUCUAGGUGGGAGUAGGUGGAGGCCGGAUCGAUGGUUUGAACUCAUAAAGUGGCUCCACAAAAAAAAAAUUAUUUUCUUCGCUUAUGUUUCGUGCAUAUAUAAAUAAGAAAGAGAUAGAUAGAUGUUGGUCCUUUAAUUUUUUAGGGUUUUCUCGCUCGUUUCUUUUUCUUUUCUUUUUUUUUUAAGCGGGGAGGGGGAGACUCUCCUUCCCUACUCCGCCCAUCUCUUCUUUUCUCCCUUGUAACGUGUUCGUGUUGUCCGGAGAGAGGGUGGGGAAGUAAAUAGGAAAAGAGAAAAAAAAAAGACUCCCUUCCUCUCUCCCCAUAUAUCUACACACUCCAAAAGCUCUCUCUUCUUUCAUAUAUUUCGGUUGCGCCUUCUACACACCCCUUUUUCUCCUCUUUCUGGCCACCUUCCACCACCCAUCCCAUCCACCCACUCUCUCUCUACUACUCACGCUAUACACCCUCACUCUUUUUGUGAGCCUCCCACAAAAAAAAAAAAAAAAGCCGGGACCCGCUGACGACGACGAACGACCACACGAACCAAGCGGCUUCAGUUCAUCAGUUCGUCUAGAGUCAGUUGUUGCGACAGUCUUCUUCUUUUUUAUUAUUUCUAUUUUCACUGGUCGGAAUACGUUCGGAGGUUGGCUGUUACUGUUGUGUGAUCUGGAAAUAAUUGCAAGUGCAAACUAAGAAUUUCCUGUUAUUUUAAAACAAUUCAGUCUAUUAUUGUUCGACGUAGCGCAAGAGAUUUGCAUACGAUUAGCAGCAGACGAAAGUGAACAAGUGUUUCUAGUGUCCUUAAAAUAUUGUUGGUCAUUAUUUUGCUUUGAUCUAUGGAUUAAACGAUUUGAAAAAAUGUAGAUUACAAUUCCAAUGGCCGACAUAUUGCUCUACAGAGAACGGUCUGGCAGCAUGGCUUUCAUCUCGUAUUUUUGAAAAAGAGAAGAAUCGGGGUGGGAAGAUUUGUGAAAGGGGAUGAGAUGGUUCGAUCUGCAGCAGCACCCCACAGUCACCACUGUACCACCACAUCAUUCUACCACCUGUUGUUGAGUGACGAUCAUAGCUGGCGAAGCAGAUGAUGAAUUUCAAGUUAUUAUUAUUAACCAACAGCUGAUAUGUGAGUGAGCCGUGUGUUUGGGGCGCGCGUGUGUGUGUGUACUUUCUUUAGUGGUGUCGUCGUGUGUUUGUUGUACAUCGACCGCAAGAGCUCACACGUGUACUGUGACCAUGACGGAAUCGACUCAAGUUGUGGAUCACAAGGAACGAAGGAGGAUGUUGCAGAUGGCCUUUCCUCUAUACCUGAGUUACCUGACAUCGGAACAGAAACCGGCAGCGGCUUGCUUCGUGCCGGCGCAGCCGGGCAGUGGUGGUGUUGCCGGAACCCCGGUGACAACUGGGGCACCUGCUAGUGGCGGAGGGGCCCGCGCUCCGACAGCUUCUGUUCAAGUGCAGGCCAAGACGAUGGAUGGAGCACCUGUACCAGUUGUACCUAUGGACUGUUAUGAAGACAUGUUUCACGAAAUAGCCAAAAAAUUUUACGGUGAAGGAGCUUUAGUGCCUGGAGGUAUUGUUCAACAAGGAUCCGAUCAGAACGGAACCGGAGGGGGUGGUGCAGGUGCGGGUCAGCAACAAGGACAAGCCAAUACGCAAGGGGAAUUGGGAAUGAUGGAUUUAGACUAUCAACAGGUUGGCAAAGAUGGCCAUUAUCAGACGACCGGUCAAGGAGCUUCAACGGGACCCACGUUAAUCGUGCAGACGACUGGUGGUCCCGUGUUGCAAGUGACGAUGGAAGCGACUCCGCACGUUGGGAACGUUGUCAGUCAUCAUCCGUCGCCGCCCAAGAAACCAAAGAUGAGUGUCAAAUUAAAAAAAGCGGCAGCAGCAGCGGCUGCAGCGGCCGCCGCCGCCACUGCCGCCGCUGCUGCCGCUGCGCAAAAUAACAGCAACGCGGCCGGAGGCAGCGGCAAACCAGUCGAAUCCACAUGGGUAGAAAGCGAUGAUUUACUAUCAUGGAACUCUUCGAAAGUGGCUUCUUACAAUGCUACACACAAGUUAUUUCGCUGCCUGGAUUGCGGCUGCGUGGGUUUCCUGGCCCGCAUUGCCGAGCAUUGGCUAGGAGCGCAUGCCAACCUGCGUGUGUUCCAGUGCCCGCGUUGCCACUACAAUUCAGCGUGGGCGCGCUGCAUCCGGAUGCACCUGGCCCGCCAGCACAACGAACAGAACCCGGACAGUUCGCUGUGGCGCGAGAAUCCCGUGCUGGAGGAGGUGACCAAAUACCUUUUGGCGCUCAAGAACCGCAUCGAGAGCAAGGACGAAAUGCCGUCGCCGGGCAAUGGAACGGCCGGCGGAGACAAACGGUACUCAUGUCCUUAUUGUCCGUACGCCACCGAUCGGAGGGACCUAUACACGCGGCACGAGACCAUUCAUAGUGAAGAGAAGCCCUUCCAGUGCUUCAUUUGUGACAAGCAGUUUAACCGGGCCGAUCACUGCAAAAAACACUUUAGUCGCAUGCAUAGGGAUACAGCAUACGAUUUGCAAAAGAUUAAGAAAGCAGCCGGAGGAGGUGGUGAUCACGGCGGACAUCACACAUCAUCGGUCGCCGUUAAAGCACCAGCUGCUCACGUGGUUGUUGCUGCAGCUGUUCCUCCUACCCAAGUCCCUUUUUACACGGCCGUCACCGUGCAACAACAGCAGCAACAGCAACAACAAACCAACCAAACUGUGGUUAGUCAAAACAAUCAACAACAACAACAACAACAGCAGCAGCAGCAGCAGCAGCAACAACAACAACAGCAACAGCAACAACCGGCGGUGCAACGUACACCUGCGACAGUUGUAGCGGCCUAUCAAUCCCAUUUGGGUUUGCCGGCAUUCCCCAGUCAGCCUACACCUACGCAGGCCUAUAAAAGUUAUACUACACUCGGAGUGGAAGCCUUAGUCCGACCGACCCACACGAUCGCCACACCGACGAGUCAGCAAUCGAAUAGUGCGACGUCGGGUCAAUCGUCUCAGGCGUCAAGUGGAGGAGGCGGUGAGAAGAAGAAGAAAGAAAAAUUGUACGCGUGUACCUACUGCGCCUGGCGAGGUGUGGACAAUUGGUGUCUCAAACGCCACCUCAACACCCACAUCAAGCCCUACCUCUGCGUCCUUUGCGACUAUAAAGCGGCCCGAUCCGAACGGCUGGCCACGCACGUCCACAAAGUUCACAACAAGCGAAUCUGUGGCAAGUGCAACUUCUUGGCUGAUGAUCAGGACGCCCUCAGUCAACACAUGCGCGAGCAUCAUCAGAACCCCAUAGCCAAACCGGAGAGAAAUGUCGUCAGCGCCAAAGGGAAAAAGGCGAAUGACAACAGCCAUCGAGCAUCGAUGGAUCACAUGGAUGAAAGAGGAUCGACGGAAUUGACGGUGGGGAUUGAAAACCGCCCCAACCAAAUUUUGCUUCAGUGCGAAAUGUGUGAAUUCCGCACCACCGACGGCAAUUUAAUUCACACCCAUUUGGCCGAGAACCACCAUCGUUCGAAUACGAUGGACGAAUGCCAGAACUGACGAGAUGGCUGGCUGGUGUAUUCGGGAAUAGAAUCAAUCGUAUCUGUUAUACCACUAUAUUCCUUUGUAACUGCACAAUUAACCUAAGUAGCCUUCGAUUAAUCCGUUCAACUUUAUUGGUCGUUUUCGCUAAUGACAAAAAGUGAAAUGAGAAUGACAGUAGCUAUUUCUGAAAUAUCUUUUGAACUGAUCCUUUUUAUUUUCUAAAUCGAAUUCUUUAAGUUUAGUUUGAUAACUUAAAAAAAAUCACGUUUAAUGUUUAUUCUCUGUGAAAAUAAAAAAUUUCAAAUAUU